UGUGGAGCCAGUGAAGUUACUUGAAGUUGUGUUUUCUUACAGAAAACCUUGUUGGUGGCCAUGAUGCACCUAUCCGAUGUGUUGAGUAUUGCCCAGAAGUGAACGUCAUGGUGACUGGAAGCUGGGAUCAAACAGUUAAGCUGUGGGACCCCAGAACACCUUGUAAUGCAGGAACCUUCUCUCAGCCUGAAAAGGUGUACACGCUUUCUGUGUCUGGAGACAGACUAAUUGUGGGGACUGCAGGUCGGAGAGUGCUGGUGUGGGAUUUGCGGAACAUGGGCUACGUUCAGCAGCGAAGAGAAUCAAGUCUGAAGUAUCAGACCCGCUGUAUCAGAGCAUUUCCAAAUAAACAGGGUUAUGUUUUGAGUUCUAUUGAAGGUCGUGUUGCAGUGGAGUACUUGGAUCCAAGUCCAGAAAUACAGAAGAAGAAAUACGCAUUCAAAUGUCAUCGUUUGAAGGAGAAUAAUAUCGAGCAGAUUUAUCCAGUUAAUGCUAUUUCUUUCCAUAACGUCCACAACACGUUUGCUACAGGAGGUUCUGAUGGAUUUGUAAAUAUUUGGGAUCCAUUUAAUAAAAAGCGUCUGUGUCAGUUCCAUCGGUAUCCCACGAGCAUAGCAUCACUUGCCUUCAGCAAUGAUGGAACUACCCUUGCAAUAGCUUCUUCAUAUAUGUAUGAAAUGGAUGACAUUGAACAUCCUGAAGAUGGUAUCUAUAUUCGCCAAGUGACAGAUGCAGAAACAAAACCUAAGUCUACUUAGACUUCUGGUGAUCUCUUCUCUACAAAAGAGUUGCCCACCUGCUCCUAACAAGACUGAGCUAAAAGAAUAGAAGUGGGAAGAACAGUUUAUGUGCUGAAGUUCUUUUUGACAAAGAAAUAUUUGCUUGUAUGUUGUACUGUGUCCUAAUCCAUUGUAACUUUCCUGCUUAUAAUUGUUUUCUUUAUGUGCUCUCUUGUAGCUAAAUUAGUUCAGAACUGUAGGUAACUUUACGUAUACCUUUAUACAACUCACUGCAUCUUGUAGUACCAUUAAUUAUGAAAACUUGCAGUUGUCUUAUUAUUACUAAAUAAAUAUACUUAAGUUUUUGAAAA